AUGCCCGUGGCUGAAGCAGGGGCACUUGCCUUCAACCUUGGCGCCUUCAUCUCCACGCUCUUCUUACUCGAGUUUGGGGCCGACAAGUUUAUCGCGCACACGUCCAUUCUUGCGCGGCGUAUUAACAUCUCAGAGGUUGUUGUUGGGCUGCUUACCGCGGGCGCAGAAUGGGAAGAGCUGGCCGUCGUUGUGGGAGCCCUUUCCCAAGGCCGAUCGUCCUUGGCGCUGGGCAAUGUCGUUGGUUCAUCCAUAUCCAACAUCCUGGGCGCCUUUUCUCUCGGGCUUUUGUGGUAUAGCGGAGAUGAGGUCGCCGAGUUCGAUAGAAGCGCCCGGAUUUACUCGCUGUUGCUCCUCGUCCUGACCACCGCCGUAGCGCCAGUCAUCUACUACUCGACCAAGAUUACCUGGCUUGUCGGCGGCGGUGUUCUCAUCGCUGCUUUUGUGCUCUAUUUCCUGCUCGUGGCAGUGGCCAUCGGGCGAGGAGUCCUCACGGCGCCGGAAGAUUCGGAUUCGGAUUCGGAUUCCGAUGGCGACGACGGUGAGGGCAACGGUGAAGGCGACGGCGAUGAAGCCAAUUCCGUGUCAAGCAGGACUGCGCUGCUCAGAGGAAACGACACGCCCAGGCGCCGACGCCGACAUGGCCUUGGCUACCAUGGGCUCUACCUCUCAUUCGGGUUCCUCGCAAUCAGCCUUGCAGGCUAUGUCCUGUCUCAAGCAGCAACGAAUAUAACUGAAGAGUUAGGCAUGUCGGAUGUUCUCUUUAGCGUGGUGAUCCUUGCCAUAGCCACCACUCUGCCGGAGAAGCUCAUUGCCCUCAAAAGCGGCUCCCAACGGCAUGCUGGUAUUCUAGUAGCAAACUGUGCCGGUAGCAACAUUUUUCUCUUGUCGCUCUGCUGCGGUAUCAUCAUGGUCGGCACAGGAGGCACCUUGGACAGCGGAACCGUGACGGCCACAGAGCUGAUAGCUCUAUGGCUCUCAACGGUAGCAUUCACAGUUACUGUCUGGUUUGGCGCCAGAUAUGCUCGCUGGAUUGGUGGUGCUAUGCUUGCUAGCUACGUCGUUUUUAUUGUCCUUGAGUUCACUUUUAUACACUCGGUUUAG